AUGCCUAAGGUCCACAGCAGACACUCUUUCCUGCUCUCCGUGGAUCGCCAGUUACUAUCUACCUCAAAGUGGCUCCUGUCUUGCAAGCUGUCCCACACCCGCACACGACAGAGCACCCGCGUAAGGCAGAGGGAGGGCGUUUAUGAAAUCCCUGGCUGCAAACCCAAGCGACCGGCCAGCACUUCCCGGGCCCUAGCGCCCGCCCCGCUGAGCCAGCGCCAGGCGGCCGGCGGGCCAGGCCACACACCUGCCCGGCCCGGGAAGGGCCAGUCCUGGGCAGAGGUGUCGUCCGACGCCGCCGCUCAGCGCCCCGCUCAUUGGCCGAGUAUCAGGCCCUCCCCCUCCCCCUCCCCGGCGGCGUCCAGACGAAACCCGGAGGGGAUCCUCCCGAGGCCCUUCACCCCGAGGAGCCAGUCCCGCGGCUGUCCCAGAUCCUCGGGGGUGGCGGAUGAGGCCCGGGCCCUGGGGAGGAGACCAGGGACAGAAGAGGAGGCCGCAGCUGGGGCAGGUGGCCUGAGGGGUGCGGGCCGGAGGCCUGAGCGCGGGGCCUUCCCUAGCAUGACUCCGCUGACAGGCCGCCAUUAUCGGGCAGCUCGCGCCUCAGCCUCCGCGGCCUCCAGUCAGAGACCGGCGCGCGCCCCCGUGCCUCCUCCCUCUCCCGUGGUUCGCAGUAGCCGGGAGUCGCCGAAGGUGUGCGCGCUCUGGAGUGCACCACUAGUGCCCCUCCCCGCAGGGGUGGCCGGGCCCCGGAACGGGGAGGCCGCUGCCCGCCAGAGCUCGGUCACCGUCCAGCUGCAGCGGGCGCCCACGGCCCGCGGGCUCCGGGGACGGUCUGCGGCAGCAGGUCCGGGCCUGGGGGUGCGCGCGCCCGGCGCGGCCUCCCGGUUCCCUCCCCGGCCCCCUUCCCACCUACCGAGCUGCGGGCAGGUGUGCGGGGGUCGCUGGGGCGGAACGCCUGGUGCAUCUUCUUCGGAUCGGGCUUGGGGUGCCUGCGGGACGCGGAGCUUUUCGGCUAGUCCGCGGGGAGGCGCGGUCCGAGCUGGGGGGCCUGGCGUCCGCCCAGCCGGGUGGGAGGCUGCACCUUUUGUCAGAGUCACUGAGCCAUGUUUGCGGACGGUGCAGUUGCCCAGGCGGCGGCGGCGCGGGACUGGGUGCGAUCAUCUGGGAGGACGCCGUCCCCUGCCCCGCCGGCGCGGUGGUAUCUCCCUUAAAGAAGCCGGCACCUCAUUGUUCCUGGGCCGCGGCGGCCGGGAGUCGGGGGCGCCCUGCCCGGCGCCGGGAGGAAGGCGCGGCGGCUCCCGCACCUGGCCGCUGCCGCCCGCGCAGUCCCUGCGGGGCGGUGGCCCCAGCGGGGAGUCGGGAUCCAGCUCGCGCGAGGUCCGAGGCGGCCGGGGCCGGGAUGGACCGCGAAGGCAGCCCUUCUCUCGGGGCGAGACGGACAGCGGUGUGUCAGAUUCCGGCAUUCAGUCGCCUGACAGCCAGCCCGGGACUGUCAGUGACUCAGAGACUCGGACCAGCCCAUUAUUCAGUUAGUUGCACGGAUCAGACUUCUACUAGACUGAGAAUUCCUUGGGACAGGAACCUUGUCUAUGAUUCAUCUCUGAAGCCUCCUCUAUCUGUUAUGGUACUAAGAUACACCCAAGGGUGGUAUUGUCCUACAUUGUUUAUGGGAAGGCAAAAUGAUGUAACUCAUUAAGAAAAUCUGGCAACACAUAGCCACUCUAUGUAUCUAUGUACUAUUUCACUCAGGAAUCCUAGGUCAAAUCCUGAACUUCUAGGAAUCAAUCCUAGUGAUAAAUAUUGACAAAAAUACAAAAAGCUGUAUGCACAAGUUAUUCAUUAUGGCACUUUCAUAGUAAAACAUUGGAAACUGCUCACAUGUCAAAGAACUGGCUGAAUAAUUAUAGUACAGGCACAGGAGAGUAUGUAAGCAACCAUACAAAGAUAUGUGGAAGACUUCUUACAUAACCUAAUAAACAUGCCAAUCUGGAGAGAUGUCCAUAUAUAGUUUUAAGUGAAAUAAACGAGGUGCGUAGUAGUGUUUAUUUCACCCAGUAGCAGGAUGAUAUAAAGGAACAUUAAUUGCUUAUGUUUAAAAGUUAAACAGUAGAAGAAUAAACUUCAGUCUUCUAAAAAUGGUUUCCUUUGUGGGAUGGAGAGGAUAGAGAUGUAAAUGAGACUUCUGUGAAUGUACCUUAUUAUACAGUGACUCUUUUGGAAACUUGUAAAUGUUUUGCAUAUUUAUAAAACAAAGUUCAGUAAAAAGAAUAAAACAUUCCAUAAAAACAAAUGGAAACAAAUGUGCCAUCUGUGUGUCAGGUUGGUGGUGUAACUACAUAUAGAAAAUCAUUUCAGUUGGCUUUAUAAGUAUUUUUUUUUAAAGAUUUUAUUUAUUUAUUUG